AUGUCCACUGCGCCGCCUGUGAAGAAGGCGUUGUCCGGACUACUGCGUGAUCCGAAGAACAACACAUGCGCGGACUGUAAAGCGCAAUCGCAUCCUCGCUGGGCCUCGUGGUCUCUUGGGGUCUUCAUUUGCAUCAAGUGUGCCGGGACCCACAGGUCUCUCGGCACCCACAUCUCGAAGGUGAAAAGCGUCGAUCUCGACAUCUGGAAAGAGGAACACCUGGAAAAGCUGAUCAGCUUGAAGAAUAACGACGUCGCCAACCGCUACUACGAGGCCAGACUUCCAGAGUCGAUGAGAAAGCCCAUCACCGACGGCAGCCGUCUGCAGCUGUUCAUCAGAAACAAGUACGAAAACAAGAAAUGGAUCGGCGAACAGAUACCUUCGAUAAACGACAAGCCCGCGGCGUCGGCCUCCGACAGCAGCAAAGAGAGCGUAGUCUCCGGCUCGGAGCCCCUCACGAAACAGGUCUCCGCCAGCAACAAUCUGACGAGCAGCACGCAUAGCAGUCUUUUGAACCUGCAGCUCUCCUCUGCACCGAAGCGGACCGAGGAGACCAAGCGAAGGGAGGAAGCGUGCGGCAGACCGGAUCUGAAGAAGUCGAUCCUUUCGCUGUAUUCGAAAGCAGCCCACCCAAACACCAACCAAAGCUCGCUCUCCUCGCUAUCGCUAUCGCCCGCGGCUCCGCAAGCGAUGAGCCGGAACGCAGACUCCGUCAAGUCGCUCGACGACAACGAGCUCUUCAAAAACGUUUGGUCCACAUAA